GGCAUUUUCCUUUCUUGAUAAAGUACAAUUGUGACGCGAAAGAUUAUAGAGUUCGGUUUCAGUGGUUCCGAGUGAUUCAGUCGGAGUUGCUUGCGUUCUGCGGAGUUGUAUAGCCUUGGUUCAGUCGCUGGUUCAGUCGUUCAGUCAGUGAGAAAGAUUCUCGGAAUUUUCAUACUUCAAGGCUGAGCGUCCUAACCCAGCAAGCAAGCAAGUUGACUCUGGUUCGCGGCGUUAGCGAUUAGCGAAGACUGGUAUCGGACAGAAGCGGACAAGCCAGGCUGUGCAUACAACGCCGUCAGACAUGAGUAACGGGUGCAGGUCGUGGAUGCUGAAGAUGCCCUACGCCACUCUGUUGGCCACCCUGCUCUGCAUCAUCGGGGUCGGCGUCUUCUGCGGCUGCAUCUACAGGGUGUUCACACUCUGCCUUAGGAUGUUUGAUGAAGUCUUCCACUUCCACCUGGACUGGCUGGAGCCCGUCCAGCUCGUCUGUAUGAUUGUCGGUGUGGCCAUGGCCGCGCUGGGCAUCAUGAUUCUGCUGGUGGGCUGCCUGACCACGGGCUCGACGCGCGCGCGGGUGUUCCGGAGCCGGCCGGGCAGGGCGCGCGGCCGCACCUCCUGUGCCGUGUUCAUGGGUGUCGCCUACAUCCUGCAAAUGGCCUGGAUGCUGAUGUUCGGCGUGCUGGUGAUCGGCUGCGUCAUGUUCGCCAUAUUCUGGAACAUGUGCCUCUCGGACCGCGUCCAGGUGCUUCAGGAGUGCAUCGACUUCAGGCAGUUCGCGUUCGUGUUCCCCAAUAACACGCGUGAGGAGGACAUGCAGGUGUGCGGCGCUGGCGAGCAGAAGCUCUUCUGCAAGGACUACGUGGAGAACAUCCAGGUGAACCUGGUGCUGUCGGCGGUCGGCUGCUUCCUGGUGCUGCUCAGCCUGGUCAACUACCUCAUGUGUCUGGCGGCCAACUACGCACACAUCAAGGACCAGGAGAAGUUCGUCGACCUCAGCGAGAUGCAGUACCUGCAGGUGUCUGAGCCGGGCACUCUGGCCAAGGACCGCUUCUAGGCUCGGCUCGCAGCCCGGCCUCCCACGGCAGUGAGCCGCUGUCCUGCGGCUCGUUACUUAACCUUCGCUAGAUCAGCGGAGGAUGGCACCGAGAUUAUGUAUAUGAGGCGGCGGUCUGUCACUAGUGUCACGUAUAGAGACAGCACAGGCCCGCUCGGCCGCUGGGUGCUGGUAUCCGUUCAGCGUGCUGCCGAGUGCCGGCAGGACCCGCGCCAUCGCACCAUUGCGUGCUCUGUGGCCGGGCGCCUGCUGCUGCGGCGGCGCAGAGAAGUGGGCCGUGUUACCCGACCAUCGUCCGUGUAUGUACAAUCCCGUCUGGUGUUGUGAUUUCUUCCGUCCAGUUCCUGUCCCAUGUCUAGCGUGUAGGUUUGUGAGUGAUGUGUGUGCGUCUCCAGUAGUGUGUUUUGGAGUGCAGUCUCCGUCGGUUACGCAGCACUCCGAGUGUGUGUGUGGGGGGGGGGGGAGGGGUGACCAGCGGGACUGGGAGGUGCCACUGGAGGCACAUGGACACUCGUGGGUCCGCGACGCACCGCACGUUGAUCGCGCUAUUCACACAUGGACGCCCGCAGCAGGAUGCCGAGCUGGCACGCGCGUUCGAGGUCGCGCCCGCGAUCGAAGGCUCGCGGACACGGCUGGCUGCGUGCGAGAUAUUAUUCAACAAAGCUACCACUUGUUUGUGAUGAACUGAUGUUCGAGGCAGCUAGAGAGCGUUCGCGGUAGGUGGUUUCGCCGGAUUAAUUUUAGUUAUCAGCGUUCUGGUUUAAGGGGCGGCAGUGCGGUUUCUGCCCGUCCGUCCUGGAUCGGCGGCCGGUUCGCCCGGCUCAGGAUGUGCAGGGCUUGGGAGGCGGCGUUGGGCCCCGCGCCGCGCACAGCAUCGUACUGAUAGCCUUCACACGCCGCGCCGGUGAUGGCAUUAGCACAGAGUCUGCGUCGCACUCGGAACCGCCCGCUUCUUGCCAGAUGGACGCCGCGCAGCGCGAUGGUCCCGUCAACGGCGAGGUGCAGACGAAUGUUUUUGAUAUUUAUAAUAUAUUUUAAUCUCUAA